AUGUUGGUCGACACUUUCAAGGUCGUGUCCCCCAACGUGCGCUACACGGAGGACGCGAUCGAGUCCACCUACCGCUACGACAGCACGCGCAUCAGCCGCAAUGACGCGGGCGAGUUUGAGGUCGCGCCCACCUCCAGCACCUACGAAUUCGCGGUCGACCGCCGUGUCCCCAAGCUAGGCAUCAUGCUGGUCGGCCUUGGCGGCAACAACGGCACCACCGUUGCAGCGGGGAUCCUUGCCAAUAAGCACGGCAUCACGUGGAUGACUAAGGACGGCCUGAAGAAGCCCAACUACUGGGGGUCCCUCACCCAGGCCGCCACAGUGCGCCUGGGCAACUACGAGGGCGAGGAGGCUCGUUGA